AUGGCUCCCGUCUACUUGUUCCCUGUUCCCGCAGUUUAUGCCUCAGGCUACUUUCGAGACCUCCCAGUGGAACAGUUCCACGUAUUUUGGACGAAUUGUGCUCUAUUACACCGUAAUAUUUAUACGAGCUAGGAAAAAAUAUGGCAAAUUUCUGGGCUUUCAUCUAAAACUUUUUCAAAUCUCAUAGUUUUGCUUUAAACAAAGCCUCUAUGUUUAUUUUCGUCUCACAUAUGUUUCAAAAGAUUAUCUCGCUCUAACAGUUUAUUUUUUUCUCGGAAUAAAGUCAUCAGUUUUGGAACGAAACGGCUACUUUGCAGUUUCGACCUUCUCGUUGUGUCACCUGUUUUGGUACCGGAUGAAGACGAUGAUGGCCUUCACUUCUUACUACAAGAAGGCGUCGGUCCUCGGCGACGUCUACAUGAUCGUCACCUAUGCCGCCGUCUUCACUAUUUACCCUGUUCUGAGGAAAUUCACAGUUUAUUCGAUGGAAGAGCGACUGGAAAUCGCAAAAGUGAGAGAUUUUUCAAACACCUAAUACAUCAGUUUGGUGCUUCUGAAUUCCUUUGAGAUCAAGGUGAAAUGGUUCAAGAAGAAAGAAAAAUAAAAACUUGUGAGAAGUCGGACAUAUUAUCGCACACGCCAUGCGAGACCAAAAGUUGUUUCCAUCGGGAAAGUUUAUUAAUUUUUUUUUUCGAAAAAUCAUUUGGAAAACACUGAUUCAAAAAGGGCUUAUCAAAGAGUAAAUCGAAUCGAAAAAGACUUUUUCCAGGCGGCCGGAAGCGUUCCAGAGGUUUUUUUCUCAGAAAAGGCUGUGGUCUUUGACAUGAAUACAAUGUUAGAAGCGGACAAGCUGCCGUUCUUAUUUAUGGGAGUCUGCGGCUUUUCUUUGGACCUCGCCGCCUUUUUCGUCCUACCUAUCUGCACGGCGAUUGUCCUGAAGACGUCGCAGAAGGCCAUGUCGAAGAGGACUCAUCAGAUGCAUCGGACCUUCUUAUUAGCUCUCUUUUUCCAAACUUCGGUCCAUACAGUGCUUUUGUCCGUUCCUGUCGUGUUCACUCAAGUCGCUAACCUCGUCAGUUUCUCCAAUCCAGGCAGGUGUUUCUUAAUCGAAGAAAUGUGUUCAACAAACCUUUGCUGGAAUAAAGUUCCCGUUUUCAGCGGUUGUCAACUGGAUGGUGUUCAUGAACACGAUUCACGGAUCGGCAGGAACUUUCACAAUGUUGAUGGCCAAUCCGCAGUUCCGAAACAGCCUCGUCGCCGACUUCCAACGAGGUCUGCUUCCAAAAAAGUAACGAUCCUUUCUCUUUUGCAGUUAUCUUAAGAAAGCAAGCCAAGGUGAAACCCGUUGUGAGCACGACGCAGGCGACUCGCAGCGUAGUCCCGCAAUUAGCCCGCCGGAAGUCUGUCUACUAA